AUGGACAAUCCUGCGGCGUGUACGGCGCUUGUUCUUUACGCGGCGGAUGAGAACAACACCGCGGCAACAGCACCGGCAGCGGCACGGGAUAGCAGCUUCGAUGGGGCAGAAAACAGGAGCGCGCCUGCAGCCGUCGCUCUUGGCGCCGUAGGGGAUAAGAUCGUAGGCUCGGCGAUGAAAAAUGGGGGGGGGUCGGAAGAGGUACAGAAGGCCGCCGGCUUGGCUUCGACAGCGGUCGCGGCGGUGCCGCGGUUUGUCGGACUGUCUAACCAGGGGGCGACGUGCUACAUGAACAGCUUGCUCCAGACCCUCUACAUGACACCCGAGUUUCGAUCGGCGCUGUACGAGUGGAAGCAUGGCCCGCAGUCUUCUUCGGGGGGUACAGCAGAUGAGGGUUCUGCGUCGGCACCCACCCGCCCAGUGGUCGGAGGGGACAAGGGACAGGUGAAGCAAGAGGAGGAGGAGGAGGAAGUGGAAGAUCCAAGCGAGUGCAUCCCGCUGCAGCUGCAGAAGCUGUUCGGGCAGCUGCAGCUCAGCGACGAGACGUGCGUGGAGACUAGGGCGCUCACCGACAGCUUCGGGUGGACUGCGCAGGACUCCUUCCAGCAGCACGACGUGCAGGAGCUGUGCAGGGUGCUGUUCGACGCCCUCGAAAGCACGUUCCAGGGCACGGUCAACGAAAAGCUGGUCAACAACCUCUACCAGGGCUCGCUGCGAGAUUACGUGACUUGCAAGGAGUGUCACUCGGAGAGCAGCCGGCUGGACAACUUCCUUGAUAUAUCCCUCGUUCUGCGACCCUUCGGCAGCGACAAGACGAUGAAGUCUGUGCCGGAGUCGCUGGAGUACUUCCUCAAGCCCGAGGUGCUGGACGGCGACAACCAGUACUGCUGCCAGGCCUGCGACAAGAAGGUGGACGCGGUGAAGGGCCUCAAGUUCGAGAGGCUGCCCUACCUGCUGUCGCUGCAGCUCAAGCGCUUCGACUUCGACUACGACACCUUCCAGAGGAUCAAGCUCAACGAGGAGAUGCGUUUCCCCCUGAUUUUAGACAUGAACAAGUACGUCGACCAACCGGGACAGCCGGCAGACGGUGCUGCUUCCGGCGGGAAUGAGGCGGGCGGCGCGUCUGGCGGUAUCGUUCGCGAGCGUAGCGACUUCCAGCGUUCGGUGUCGCUCGAGAAAAAGAAGCUGCAGGGGCUGCUGGGAAAGGUGAAAGACGGCGAUGCUUCUGGGGAAGGCAACGAUGCCUCCGACGGCGGUACCACGCCCAAGGGUAACGACGAGGGGGCAGAAGGGUCUUCGCUCGAGAUGGCGGGGUUGGUAGACGGCAGCGUGGAAGGCGAGGACGAGGGCGGCGGUGGUGGUGUUACUGGAGUGCCGGUGGCGGUAACAGGGACGGUGGGGACCGGGGGUGACCCCGACGCUGACGGGACGGACAAAGAGGACGGGUCAAUGGGCAGCGGGGCGUCCAUGGAAGCCAACGGCGGCGACGUUGACUUGCCGGGCUUAGAGGACUACUGGGGCACGUCGUUUGAAGAAGACAACCCGGCGGAGCUCCCCUCCGUCAGCAAGGGUGGCAUGUUUGGGAGCAUCGGGGAUAACCGCGGAACCGCCGGGGCCGAGGCGGGGUCCGGGCGCGGGGUCGCUUGGGCCAGUGAGGAGAACCUGGACGUGCCGGAGGAGGUUGCCGAGGACCCCCUCAAGCUCGUCGAAGCGAACGGUCCGUGGGUGUACGAGCUCUUCGCGGUGCUCAUUCACUCGGGGAGCGCUCUUGGCGGGCACUACUACGCCCACAUCAAGUCCUUGGGGGACGACGCGGGAUGGUUCACGUUCAACGAUAGCCGAGUCACGCCUACCGACGAGGACGACGUGAAGCGGGCUUGGGGCGGACGGUGGGGGCAGACGUCCACCUGGCAGCAGCGGCGGAUGGCCUCUGCCACAGCCGCCGCCGCCGCCGCCGCCGCCGCCGCCGCAAAAGCGAAGGCUGGCCUGGUGUCUUCGUCCGUUGGGGGGGAGGCAUCAGUCGGGGGAGAAACAACCUCGGAGCAGCGCCCUCCGCCGCCAACGCCGGCGCCCAAGUGGGGCAACAGCGCCGCGAACGCCUACAUGCUCAUGUACCGGCGGGUGGACCCGUCGCAGAACAAGCUGCACCCGCGCAGGGAGGAGGUGCCCGACCACGUGGCCCGCCAGGUCAGGGAGCACGCCAGGAAGGUGGCGGAGGAGGAGGCGGCGGCGGCGGCGGCGAGGGAGGCGCUCGCCUGCACGGUUACGACCAAGGUGGUUCUCAACGGGGGGCCCGAGGAGAGGACCGUGAAGGGGGAUAAGCGGCGGCCGCUCCGGGAGCUCGUCGACCGCAUGGCGGAGGCGUUCGGGAUCCCGACCGUCGCCGUCUCCGCUCCGGAGGCGGUGGACGGUGGGGGAGAAGCGGUCCGUCGAGGGGCCGACGACCGUGAGGCGCAGGAUGAGAGGCGCAGCAAGCCGGCGGCAGUCGAUCACACCGGGGCUGUUGAAGUCAUGGAGAAGGGGGGGACCGCAAAGGAUGACACCGGCGGUAGUGGUCAACAAAGCGUCGAGGCAGGUGGCGCGGCGUCUGCGGCGCCGGCAGCAGCGACGCCGCAACCCCCCGACCGGCUGGUGCGCCUGAGGGAGUUCCUGGCGGGCCCGGGGCUCGCGGGGGCCCCGUACGACGAAGACUCGUCCCCGGCCGAGCUCUACUUCAGCAGCCACAAGAAGGUGUGGCUGGAGACGAGACGGGCCGGCGAGAGUUGGCCUCGCUUCGACCGUGACGACGUGAACGUCGCCGUGAUCCGCUUCGAGCCCGCGGCCGCUACCACCGCGCCAGCGCCGCCGGCGGUAGCAGUCAAGAAACCGAUAGACGAGAACGACGACCCCCUUGGCGUUGGCGGCGGCAAGGCCAUACCUCCCCCGCCGCCUCUUCCGACCGCCCUCUUCCCCGUCCUCGGCAAGUUUGGUGUCGAGCGCAACACCCGCAUGAGGGCCUCCGGCACGGUGAGGGAGGUUCGCGCGGCGUUCGCCGCGUUCGCGGGCACGAAGGAGGAGCGGACGCGAGUGUUUGCCAUGAGGAUGGACGACCCGGAGGGCACGUACAGGGUGCUCUGCCCUCCUCCUCCUCCUCCUCCUCCUCCUCCGCGCCGCUGCUCGUCUUCUUCUCCAAGGCAACGGCGGGGGCGACGGCGGCGGUCUGCAGGAGGAGAGGUCGGCGGCGCGGUGACAGAGGAGGAGCCGCCAGCGGGUGGGGACGCGGCGGCGGCAGCAGGUCAAGAAGGACUCUCGGGGUCGGCAGCUUCUGCCCCGGUCGUCGGCUUCACAACGGCGAGAGCGCUAGUAGAGGGCACGGCCGGGCACUUGGGCGGAGAUCCCGCGGAUCCCCCGUUGGUGGCCGGUGUAGAGGAGAGGGGUAUGUCCGUGUCGGCGUGUUCAGGAGCGGCUGCUGACGAGCGGGAAGUCGAAGCUGUCGAGGAGGGCCUAGCGGGCGACGCGCGUUUCGGUGGCAGCAGCAGCGGUAGCGCCGCCGCCGCCGCCGCCGCCGCCGCCGCCGCUGACGAUGAUAGUGUUGAAGAAGAGGAAGACCGAGAGAGCGAGGUUGUGGUCUUGGGGGACCGCGGAAGUAACAUCAUUCUGAGAAUAUACGUCGAGGAAGUUCCGGAAGGAGGGGACGCCGGGGACGGAGACGAGGAGGAGGGUGUGAGCCUGGCGGUCAAGGUCGCGACGGACCAACCAAAUAGGAUUACCGUCACGCUCGAUCUCACCGGCGGGAUCGAGGGCCCCGGGCGGAUGAGCGCCGACAAGCGGUGGACGUCCGACCAGCUCCGCGAGGCGAUCGCGCAGGCCAUCGGUUGCCCCAACCGCUCGUUCCGCCUCCGUAAGUGUCAGGGCAACACCCCGGAGAUCCGGCCUGGACCGGAGACCCUGGCCAAGAAGGGCUUCUACAACCUGAUCAAGCUGCACGUGUCGCCGGGGAGGCCGCUCGAGCUCCAUGAGGAGGCGGUAACCGUUGCCCCCGUUGACGUGGGCUUUAGGGUGGGCCUGGGGCCGGCGCCGACAUCCGUGGUCCUUGCCAUCGCCGCGGGUAGGGUGAGGGCAAGGAGCAGCAGCGCAGAUUCGGCGGCGGUCAAGGAAGAAGGGGGAGGGCAGCAGGAGCUUGGCUACGGGGCGGCAACAACCGAGAAGGUUGGUGUGGGGGACUGCCGCUCCUUGAAGUUCCCCGAGGUGGACGCGGAAAUAGGCCCGGUCGCCAUAUGCGACACUACUACCGCCCCGCCCUCGGCGGAUUGCUCGCCUACCCUGGGACCAGUCGGGGAGGGGCGUGGCGUCGUCGGCGAAGGCGACAACAGGCCCACUGUGGUGGCGUCCGACCUGUUGCUUACUCUCCGCGGAGUCGGGGCGGCGACGGGAGGGGGGGACAGCAGCGGCGGGAGCGAGGCGCCGACGGCGUCCGUAUCGUCGUCGGAGACGGGGCAGACGACGCCGACUAACCGCGGCAUCGCGCUGCUGGCGUCAGAGGAGUGCAAGACAACCCCGACGGAUCGAGAAGCCGUUGCCCCCUUCGCGCCGCCCUCUCCUCCGCGCUCCUCCUCAGCCGUCGCCGCCGCGCCACUGGUCGGUGCUGCUGCUGCUGCUUCUGCUGCGCACCCGGGAUCAGCCGCCGUAGGGACCGGAGCUUCUCCGGAGGGGGGAGUUGCUUGGGCGGCGGCGGCGUUUGCGGCGGCCGCGGCGGCGCAAGACGCGAAGGCGGAGACGGAGGCCCUUACCUCGACGUACGUGGAAGUUGUGCCUCCCGAAAGCCGGUGGGGCGAACAGUUCAACGUGGCGGUACACCGGGACAGCACGGUCGGGGACAUCCGCCGCGCCGUCUGGACGGAGAUGCGCCGGAGGGGGCUGGGUCCCAGGGGCUUCUCUGCCGUGGGCGCCGCCGCCGAUGUCGGCAACGAGGAGGAGAAAGACGACCGACUACCCACCCCCGGGGCGGUAUCGACCGGCCACCCCUUGGAGGAAGGGUGGACGCCGGGGGCCCUGCGGCUGCGCGAGAGGCACGUGAAGCUCCCGGCGACGAUCGUGCGAGACGCCGACGGGAAGGUGACGCGCUUGCGGUCCCGACCACGGGACGCCCCCUGGCUCCUCGUCGCGCAAGUUCUUCCCCGGGAGGAGGACCUUGGGAGACCGGUUUUCCCUCAAGGAGGCGGUGGCGGUGGCGAAGGCGGCGGCGGCGGCGGCAGCGGCGAUAGCGGCCACGGCUCAGCGGAGACUGGCGGCUCCGGUGACCCAGGUGGUGAUGCUGGCGGGGCGGACGCAGCACGCGAUGAUUGCCCGCCGCAGGACGCGAGGGUGAUCGUGGUGCAGUGGUGGAACCGGUGGGAGUGGAGGCUCACGGAGAAGUACGAGGCCUGGGUGAGCCCCACGGAGACCGUGGCAAGCGCGCGUCGGCGCCUCGCGGAGCAGGCCGGGGUGAAUCCCGCCAACCUCCUCGCCAACAGGUGCGCGCCGAACGCCCGGUUGCGGCUGUUCGAUCUCCGGGGCACGGCUUCGGAGCGCGGCGACGGCUCCGGCGGCUCUCCGGCGCCCGAGAAGCAGUCGUCCGGAACGUGGGGCGGCUCCUUCAGCCACAACAAGUGCCACUGGAGCGACCUCGAGGCGUCCCGUGGCGACCAGCCCGUCGGGGGCUCCGCAAUAUCCGAGGGGAGCCUGGUCCUCCUACAGGACUCCUCGCAGCCCCUCAAGCAGCUCGCGCCCGCGACGGAGGCCUCGAUAGCAGGCGGCGGCGGCGGCGGCGGCGGCAGUGGCGCGGCGGCGGCGGAUUCCGGGACGACGACGACGACUGCCGCCGACGCGGCGUGCGCGCUGUC